AUGCCGGAGUUUUCCGAAUUUCAACUGGAGACGAUUCCGCCUCGACCAUAUAGUGGAAGACUGGAAGAUCUGGGAGCAGUAGAAGACAAUAUGGAAGAAAGACUCGGCCGUGAAAUGGACGACAAACUUAAUGGGAUAAAGCAAAUAUUCCAGGACGUAAACACCCAGAGUUGCCAUGGAAAUAAUGGCGCUUCCUGUGACUCAGAUCACGUAACCAUAGGUGGUAUUUCCAUAGCAACGAGCUGUAGCGGUCUUCAGGUCACCAUUCAGGCCAAGAGUUUACAGGAAGCCAGAUAUCUACACGAUCAACUCGCUGUUCUCUCCCCAGUACUGAUUUGCCUUACUGUCGCAACACCAGUGGCUUAUGGACUUGUUAAACAAAACGAUUCCCGGUUAGGGAUGCUUUUGCAGGCACAGGAUGACCGUACAGAAGAGGAGAGAAAGCCUGUGGUUGACGCGAAUGGUGAAGUGAGACAUAUGUUGCCCCGAUCUGGACUGGUCCCUUGGUACUUAAGCGAUGAAGGCCAGCACUAUAAUGACCUUAAGUUGGUUUACAAUGCACCAGUCCAUCACACUUGCGUCAGAAAAGGGAUUGACAUGGGGAUGGCGAUGCACACUGCCAUUUUGUUUUCUCAUGCCUUCUAUGCCGUGAAAGAAAAUGAGAUGAUGACCCAAGAGAAAGACAGCACACAACUAUUUGAGGUCACUAUGAGAACUUUAAUGAUCCUCAUGUCAGACUCGAAAACAUCUUCUGCCAAGUAUGAGGAAAUGUCUAUUGACGACAUUGUGAAUGGGAGUCCAAUGAACCCAGGUCUGCUGUCAUUGGUCCACCAGUUUCUGGACACAAGAAUACUUCAGACGGCUGUCAGACAGAAAGUUGAUAGCUAUCUGCACAUGAUAUCUCAAACAGCUUCUGGAGAGCGUCCGACUGUAGCCCGGAGAAUCCGAGAACUUGUCCUGAAUCAUCCAGAGUACAAAAAAGACUCGAAGGUGACAGAGAAUAUUCAGUAUGAUAUUGUGAAGGCUCAUUUGUUAGAUAGAUUGUAA